AAGUCAAAAACGAGGUAGCAAAGUACAACCUUAAAAUGACGUGAUCCCCGUUAAAUUCCAAGUAAAAUUGAUCGGCCAUGUUUCGGAACAAGUCACUCUUUUCGUACAAAAAGAAGAACAAACCAACCAAGGAAGAUGUUCUGGAACCAAACGCCGACGACGUCGCCGUCAAGCCAGUGGUGGAGCCCAAAGAGUCCACGUCAUUGUUGGACGUCACGGUGAUAAGACCCAGCCAAACCAACUCCAAUCACAAGUUCAUCACCCAGACCAGCACCCUGAACAGUUCCCAAGUCAGGGACUUGAUUACGUCAAUGGAAAUGGGGGCUCAAGACAAAAACAAGCUCCUGCACAAGAUUUUCAGGAACAAACUCAUAGACCCCACAACAGAAACCUCAGACAACCUCGACGCCACCACGACCUCACUCAGCAAAGUCCUAGAUGUGAAGAAAAGACAGGUCCCCCCUUUGGCCAACUGUUUCCUGACCAAGAAGUGCACGUGCACCGUCUCAGUGCACAAGACCACCUCCAAACCGUUGAACGACGUCGACCACUGCAUCCACAGCUUCGAGGGCGGCGACCAAAAGACGGAGCACCAAGUCUACACGACCGCCAAGUCCUACAGAGACGUCAGCAAGGUGUUCACGUGCAAGAACAAGCUGAGCGACGAAAAGGAGGAGCCUUGCGACUGCAGGAACUGCGCCCUCUUGGGGGUCAUCACCGACACGCAGAAAACGCCGUUGUUUGCCGGGCCGAUUGAAGCUAGCGGUUUCGAUGAACGCAUGAGGAGGAGGCACAGCGAACAUCAGAUUUGUAACUUGCAGUACAGGAGGCUGGCACAUCGAAUAUCGGAGUUGGAGGAGAGGUUGAGUACUCAGGAGGAUCGGUCAGUUGCCAAGGAUUACUUCAAAAGGAUCAUUACGAAGCUUGUAAGUCACAUUACUAAAAUCACCAACACAGCGGUGAAGCCCCAUAAGCAUGAGAAGAAGUACGACAGGUGCCACCAUGAGGAUGCCAGGUAUCAGGUUAAUCCAGUGCUCAUUGUUAACAACAACGACAAGCUAUCGGAGCAGAACUACAACAUCUUAGGCCCCAAGGAGAUCUACGAAUCAGUCACAGAAUCUGAGUACACUGAAAGUGAACGCAUUUGGAAAUGGAGUGGGGACAUCCUGAAGCCAGGAAUCGACCUCAAGAACAAAAUCACUAGUUUGGUGGAGGAACGGUUGAGGGCUAGAAAAACUGUUGGAGUCCUGGGUGAAGGAAGCAAAGAGCAAACCACCAGUGACAAAGAAAUUAGGAUUUAUGUGGAUGUACUGUCGGAACACCUCUACUACCAGAACCAAAACUACUUGAACCUUUCGAAUGGUUCCGAUGAAGGGGCGAGUGAGUCGUGCUAUUACAAACAGGACAAGGAACAUUUGAACAGGAUACGUCAAAGCAACAUACACGUUGCCUACGUGAACCCCAAGAUACACAUGUGGCAGGAGUACUCACAAAACUCCAUCCCCACAUACUAUCAGAGAUACAGGGAUGAGCAGAUGAACCAAGACUUAUGCAAAGAACGGUUCAAAGUGAUUUUGGACAACACCAAAAGUGAUGGGAAGAAAAAGUUGUGGAACACAAUUUGGAACCAGGCCAUGACCAAUUGUUUGAAAAAAAAUGACAGAGUAGCUAUUCAAAUUCCUCAAAAUGAUUCCAAAGGUGGAAUAAUAGAAUUCUAUUACACAAUAGCUGAGUUGGAACAACUUCUAAUUUAAAAAAAUGUUUUGUAUAAAACACUAAAAUUGUCCUUGUGUUGCAUGUUUUGUCCUGUCGUCUGAAUAAAAAUACAUUUAAUUAAAUCAA